AUGCCUGCGUGGGCUAACGGGGAAGGACGCGUGCCGAUGGCCUCGUUCUCGGCUCAGCACCAUGCUAAAGUUGGCAAUGAGAUCAUCGCCCGCUGCCGGCUGCCGGCUGCCAGCUACCUGGCGAGAUGGGCACAUGCAAAAGUUGAUAUCAAGAGUGUAGCACGGACUCCACCACGAGACGGUAGCGCUGCUGUGCACGGUCACAAGAGCAGCAGCCUGGAGGCUGACGCUUUUUUGCUCUGUCGUGAAUCAGAACGCGGUGUCGGGUCAAACCCAUGA